AAACCACCAGGAAGCGACGAAGGGAACUCCUCCAUUUGAGAGCAGUCAACUCAUUCCACUCGCUCCUGCAGCAUCCUCACACCCUAUCUGAUUGUAAAAGAUACCGAGACCUAUUAUUUAUAUCCUUUUUUAGUGGCCUCAUCGCUAAUCCGAGAGCGAUACCCCCUGUUUCUGAAGAAUCCUCUGUUUAAGAGUUACCGGAAGUACAGCUCAGAGGGCAUCGGUGUGAGGAUGGCCGCGUACAAGUUGGUUCUGAUCCGCCAUGGAGAGAGCUGCUGGAACCAGGAGAACCGUUUCUGCGGCUGGUUCGACGCGGACUUGAGUGAGACCGGAGAGCAGGAGGCAAAACGGGGCGGACAGGCCCUGAAAGAUGCCGGCUAUGAAUUUGAUAUUUGCUACACCUCUGUCCUUAAGAGGGCCAUCCGCACCCUGUGGUUUGUUCUGGACAGCAUCGACCAAAUGUGGCUACCAGUCCACCGGACCUGGCGGCUCAAUGAGCGCCACUACGGUGGCCUGACUGGGUUGAACAAGGCUGAAACUGCUGCCAAACACGGAGAAGCUCAGGUCAAGAUCUGGAGGCGUUCUUUUGAUAUUCCUCCUCCGCCCAUGGAUGAGGAACAUGCCUAUUAUCAAAACAUAAGCAAGGACCGGCGUUAUGCUGACCUGACGGAGGACCAGCUUCCCAGUUGUGAAAGUCUCAAGGAUACCAUCGCCAGGGCGCUUCCCUUCUGGAAUGAAGUGAUAGUUCCUCAGAUCAAGGAGGGGAAAAGGAUUCUGAUUGCUGCUCAUGGGAACAGCCUUCGGGGUAUUGUCAAGCAUCUCGAGGGCAUGUCCGAGGAAGCCAUCAUGGAGCUGAACCUGCCCACGGGCAUUCCUAUUGUAUACGAGCUGGACAAGAACCUGAAACCUCUAGGACCCAUGCAGUUCCUGGGAGAUGAGGAGACUGUCAAGAAAGCCAUGGAAGCUGUAGCUGCUCAGGGCAAAGCCAAGAAGUAGACUUGUUCUCCCCCUGGAUCAAAUACUACAGAUUAUCAACGUGCAGUUCUUUCAAUGCGUUUAAAAAGGAAAAACAAAGGUCAUUGAAUGUUUUCUUCAUCACAGACUUGCACAGCUGUGCACUUUAUAGAAAUAAUACCCCACCUUCACACAUGUACAGUCCGAUGUUUGGCUUCAUUGUGCUGUAUGUUGUGAAGCAUUCAUAAGGUGUAAGCACUGAGAGAAUGAAAGUUAGGGACCAGAGAAUAGAAGCAUAUUUAAAUAUCUGGUAGAGAUUUGUCCUGAAGAUUCCUGAAAACUCGACGGGAACAGAAUCGCCUCAUCAGUCACACUGGAUGUUGAUAAAAAAAGAGCAAAUGUUAUGUGUUCUGCACUGCUACACUUUGUUUGCUGUGGUGUUGAGAAAAAGAAUAAAUGUGAGAUAAUA